AUGCCUCGAGGUCGAAAGAGUAAGCUAAAUGCCAGGGGGAGACGCCUCCGUGCCAGAAAUUAUGCUCAGGCUUCUGAAGGUGCUGAGGAAACAGUAGUAGCAACAGAAGAGUCCUCUCCUAAAUCAUGUGGCACCUCUGAGAUGCCAGAAAAAAAAUCAGAUUCCAGCAUAACUGUUGAUCUCUUUUCUAUAUCAGAUGGCAGUUUUAUUGAUCUUGAUGAUGCUGAAGACCUUUUUAUGUAUUACCACACUAUUAAUCACCAAGAUAUUCUGACCCAAAAGGUCCUUGUGCUGGUGCAGAUUCUCCUCAAAAACUACAGAACAAAGCAGCUUACUACAAUGGAAGAUAUGAUGCAGGUUAUUGAUGAGGAGGAAAUGAAUGACUUCCCUGAGAUCCUCAGGAAAGCUGCUGAAAGGCUUGCAGAUGUCUUUGCAGUUGAACUGAGGGAAGUGGAAUCAAGCCGGAGGCUGUAUGAUCUUAUCAGUAAGCUGAAACUCCCCAACAAUGGGAGGGUUCGUGCUGGCCAGGGCUUCCCAAAGACUGGUUUCCUGAUGACUGUACUCGGCAUAAUCUUCAUGAAGGGCAACUGUGCCAGUGAAGAAGACAUCUGGAAAACACUAAGAUCUCUGGGUAUAUAUUCUGGAAAGAAGCACCGAAUCUAUGGAGAGCCCCGGAAGCUCAUCACUCAAAAUUUCGUGAAGCUAAAGUAUGUGGAGUACCGGCAGGUAGCCAACAGCAAUCCUCCACGAUAUGAGUUCCUGUGGGGUCCCAAAGCAUAUGCUGAAACCAACAAGAUGACCAUCCUAAAGUUUGUGGCCAAGGUCAAUGAAGUUUCCCCUAGUUACUUCACAGGUCUUUAUAAAGAGACUUUAAAAGAUGAUCUAGGGAAGAAUCAAGGCAACCGUAAGGUCAGCUCUGCUAUUCAUCCCAAAGCUAGGGAAUUUUCAUUUGUGAUGUGUCCAGGGCUUGCUUUCUCCAGUGCUGAAGUUUAA